ACAGUAACUGUCUGAGAAAAACGAUCUGCCCCCCCUUUUGAGGAUUAAGAAAUCGAGGCUGAGAAGUGAAGUACCUUGCCAAAGACCUCAUACCUAGUAGGUGUGGAGCCGAGCUUCAGACCCCGGCCACUGAAUUUAGGAGACAUUUUAAAUUUUGAUGAUUCCUGCCAAAUUCCCUUCUAAAAGGGGGAGUGACCGUUUCCCUGCACCUUCAACCUCCCCAACAUCUGCAUUCCUGCGAAGUGCUAAGUGAAAAACUGUUAGAAUUCACAGGUUUGCCUGCAAUGAGAUUUCAUUCUCUACAUAUAAAGGACAUCCUUUCUGAGCUGCUGUGAAUAAAUUUGGAAUGACACUGUAUAUUUUCAUCUGAUGGAGAAUUAGCUGUACCUUGAGUUUGGAUUGCUGCACUGGACGACCUAAGAAUAUCGCUCACGAUGUCAUCAAACAGGAGUCAGAAUCCCCAUGGACUGAAGCAGAUUGGCCUUGACCAGAUCUGGGACGACCUCCGCGCUGGAAUCCAGCAAGUAUAUACCAGACAAAGUAUGGCGAAAUCCAGAUACAUGGAGCUCUACACUCACGUUUAUAACUACUGCACGAGUGUUCACCAGUCAAACCAGGCCCGAGGGGCUGGCGUCCCUCCCUCCAAAUCGAAAAAGGGUCAGACGCCUGGGGGAGCUCAGUUUGUUGGCUUGGAAUUAUACAAACGACUUAAAGAAUUUUUGAAGAAUUACUUGACAAAUCUUCUUAAGGAUGGAGAAGAUUUGAUGGAUGAGAGUGUACUGAAGUUCUACACUCAACAAUGGGAGGAUUAUCGAUUUUCCAGCAAAGUGCUGAAUGGAAUUUGUGCCUACCUCAAUAGACAUUGGGUUCGCCGUGAAUGUGACGAGGGACGGAAAGGAAUAUAUGAAAUCUAUUCUCUUGCGUUGGUGACUUGGAGAGAUUGUCUGUUCAGGCCAUUGAAUAAACAGGUAACAAAUGCUGUUUUAAAACUGAUUGAAAAGGAAAGAAACGGUGAAACCAUCAACACAAGACUGAUAAGUGGAGUUGUACAGUCUUACGUGGAGUUGGGGCUGAAUGAAGACGACGCCUUUGCCAAGGGCCCUACGCUGACAGUGUAUAAAGAGUCCUUUGAAUCUCAGUUUUUGGCCGACACGGAGAGAUUUUAUACCAGGGAGAGCACUGAAUUCUUGCAGCAGAACCCAGUGACUGAAUAUAUGAAAAAGGCGGAGGCCCGUCUGCUCGAGGAGCAACGAAGAGUCCAGGUCUACCUUCACGAAAGCACACAAGAUGAACUAGCGAGGAAGUGCGAGCAAGUGCUCAUUGAGAAACACCUGGAGAUUUUCCACACAGAGUUCCAGAAUUUGCUGGAUGCUGACAAAAAUGAAGAUUUGGGGCGCAUGUAUAAUCUCGUAUCUAGAAUCCAGGAUGGCCUAGGAGAAUUGAAAAAACUUCUAGAGACACACAUCCAUAAUCAGGGUCUCGCAGCCAUUGAAAAGUGUGGAGAAGCUGCUCUAAAUGACCCCAAAAUGUAUGUACAGACAGUGUUGGAUGUUCACAAAAAAUACAAUGCCCUGGUGAUGUCAGCGUUCAACAACGAUGCUGGUUUCGUGGCUGCACUUGACAAGGCCUGUGGUCGCUUCAUCAACAACAACGCAGUUACCAAAAUGGCCCAGUCGUCCAGUAAAUCCCCCGAGUUGCUGGCUCGAUACUGCGACUCCUUGUUGAAGAAAAGUUCCAAGAACCCAGAAGAAGCAGAGCUAGAAGACACGCUCAACCAAGUGAUGGUGGUCUUCAAGUAUAUAGAGGAUAAAGACGUGUUCCAGAAAUUCUAUGCAAAGAUGCUGGCCAAAAGACUCGUACAUCAGAACAGUGCCAGUGAUGAUGCCGAAGCAAGCAUGAUCUCUAAACUAAAGCAAGCUUGUGGUUUUGAAUAUACCUCUAAACUUCAGCGGAUGUUUCAAGACAUUGGUGUGAGCAAAGAUUUGAAUGAGCAGUUCAAAAAGCACCUGACGAAUUCAGAACCGCUAGACUUGGACUUCAGCAUCCAGGUGCUAAGCUCCGGGUCGUGGCCCUUCCAGCAGUCCUGCACGUUCGCCUUGCCGUCAGAGCUGGAACGCAGUUAUCAGCGAUUCACAGCUUUUUACGCUAGCCGUCACAGUGGCAGAAAACUGACCUGGCUGUAUCAGCUGUCCAAAGGAGAAUUGGUAACCAACUGCUUCAAAAAUCGAUACACUUUGCAGGCAUCCACCUUCCAGAUGGCGAUCCUGCUUCAGUACAACACGGAAGACGCGUAUGCUGUGCAGCAGCUGACUGACAGCACUCAGAUCAAAAUGGACAUUUUGGCACAAGUCCUACAGAUUUUAUUGAAGUCGAAGUUACUGGUUCUGGAAGACGAGAACGCGAACGUUGAUGAGGUGGAAUUGAAGCCAGACACCUUAAUCAAAUUGUAUCUCGGUUAUAAAAAUAAAAAGUUAAGGGUUAACAUCAACGUGCCGAUGAAAACCGAACAGAAGCAGGAACAAGAGACCACACACAAAAAUAUCGAGGAGGACCGCAAGCUGCUGAUUCAGGCGGCCAUCGUGAGGAUCAUGAAGAUGCGGAAGGUCUUGAAGCACCAGCAGCUGCUCGGAGAAGUGCUGACUCAGCUGUCCUCGAGGUUCAAGCCGCGGGUCCCAGUGAUCAAGAAAUGCAUUGACAUUCUGAUCGAGAAGGAAUAUCUGGAGCGAGUUGAUGGGGAAAAGGACACCUACAGUUACUUGGCUUAGCCCUUCCGGAAGGGUCUGCCUGUGCGAGCCGCAGCAGGUAGUUCCGGGCCGAGAGAAGAGCUCCAUCCAGCUCGCAGCAGCCAGCCUGGCGCCGUCCGGACCUCCCUUUUUAAAACCGAGACCGAGGCUCCCACCGGCCGGUCUCAGACGAACAUCAGAACUGCUCAGGAUUGACACGUUUCAAGUCUGUAAAUACGGACACCGACGCCAUUUAACCUAAUUUAAGAAGAGGGGCGUCGCGCCCCGAGGGCUGCAUGCUACCGCAUUUAAACCAGUCCAUUGGCUGCGAGGCCAACGGCCGCCGUCCUCGGGCAUCGGCGUUGGCAGCACCCCCUUUGAGAGCAAGUCUCACGGACCCACGUGUAGUCUGCUAUGAAAAACCAUUUGUAUAGUGUGUUUCAUUUUUUAAUGUGUGAAAAUAAAGAGAAUUAAAGAAUUUCCGUA